CCCCCAUGACCUUUUGAUUUCAAUAAGGAUGAAUGUAACAGGUCUGUAAUGUAGUGGUCCUUGGAUGAUUGCGCCAGCCUCAUAUGCCACCAAAUUUGAGCGCAUCUUAGCUCUUUGUUAUCAUACAUUUGAAUACCGUGUGUUGUUACUAGUUCUCACUUUGCUAAUCUCCCCUUCUUCAUAGCGACAGCAUCGAAAUGUCUUUUUCGCCCAGCACGAUGCGCAACAGUGCGAGGAGCGGCGAGGUCAUCCCUUAUUUAACGGCUAUGCGCAUGCAGACCGCGGAAAGAGUACCUCGAGCUGCGGACAACGAAACUCGGAUCGCUGACAUGAGUAGAAUGACGCAAGUCUGCCUCCACAUUCAGAACGAGCUAAUACCAUGGUUGCGCUCAAUCCGUCCUGUACGCGUCGAUGUGUUCGAGCUAGACGACUAUGUAGAGACGUUCAAUCCACCUGUUGAUGACCAGGACCGCCUCCCAAGCGCAUCCCUGGCACGGUCGAGGUCGAGCAGGUCUCAGUGCCAUUUCAUCACGUGGGUGCCGCCAGUAGACGUUCGGCAACUCAUACAAUGGACCCAAGCAUCCGACAGCCUGCAGUUCCUCUUCAAAAAGGAUCUGGCAACAUGCGGGAGCGAUCAUAAUUUAUUUUCGCUCUUGGAAGAUUCCGCCAUGCUCUCGGUAUCCAAGGUGUGACUCACGAUACCUCGCUCCAAGCGCUCCCUGUUUCUCGGUUCCGGUCGACAUUCAAGUUCCGCAUCGCAACUGUUCUCGACGAAGCAGUUCCAGGAUCUUUUGGCACCAUCGAUGAUGGACGAUUGGUCCUCAUAGCCCAAUUCAUACAUGCCACCGCAUGCUUUCCUCAAUCCUACUGGGAGAACAUCGGUCCUGCCUUUGUCUCUGAGCCUGAUCAAACUAGUGUCUUUUGCAAAGGAGGGGGUUCCGCCUCAAGC